GCGGGGCGCGCGGGGCCGGUGCGGGGCGCGCGGGCGGCGUGCGCCAUGGAGCUGCUGUCGGCGCUCAGCCUGGGCGAGCUAGCGCUCAGCUUCUCGCGGGUGCCGCUCUUCCCGGUCUUCGACCUGAGCUACUUCAUCGUGUCCAUCGUCUACCUCAAGUAUGAGCCAGGCGCGGUGGAGCUGUCCCGGCGCCACCCCAUGGCGUCCUGGCUGUGCGCCAUGCUGCACUGCUUCGGGAGCUACAUCCUGGCCGACCUGCUCCUGGGCGAGCCCGUCAUCGACUAUUUUAGCAACAGCUCCAGUAUCCUGCUGGCCUCGGCCGUCUGGUACAUGAUUUUCUUCUGCCCCCUGGACCUCUUCUACAAGUGCGUCUGCUUCCUGCCGGUGAAGCUCAUCUUCGUGGCCAUGAAGGAGGUGGUCCGGGUGCGCAAGAUCGCUGUGGGCAUCCAUCACGCCCACCACCACUACCAUCACGGCUGGUUCGUCAUGAUCGCCACCGGCUGGGUCAAAGGCGCUGGUGUGGCCCUCAUGUCCAACCUGGAGCAGCUCCUCCGAGGAGUCUGGAAGCCAGAGACCAACGAGCUCCUACACAUGUCCUUCCCCACCAAGGCCAGCCUGUACGGAGCUAUUCUGUUCACCCUGCAGCAGAGCCGCUGGCUGCCCGUGUCCAAAGCCAACCUCAUCUUCCUCUUCACCAUGUUCAUGGUGUCCUGCAAGGUGUUCCUGACGGCCACACACUCCCAUGCUUCCCCAUUUGACCUGCCCGAGAGCUACAUCUGCCCUGUGCUGUUUGGCUCGGCGUGGGGCGGAGACCACCACGAUGCCCACGGCAGUGCCCAUGGCAGUGCCCACGGUGGCUCCAUGCACUCAGCGCUGCCCAAAUCCAAGGAGGAGUUGAAUGAAGGAACUCGGAAGAAGAAGACCAAGAAGGCGGACUAGGGUGCAGUCUGGGGGCUCGGGGCGGUGGAGGCAUUUAUAGACAUUGAGGUCCCAUGUUGGAGAGGGAACUCCCCCAAGAGGGAUGUCAAGACUCUGCUGUUCCCUGGAUUUUGCUGCUCCAGACCCCACGGACAUUUGGUAGAGGUACUGUCCCAUCUCUGCCUGCCCAGCUUCCUCCUGCUGAGAGGGGGUCACUGUCUUCCUGUCUGUGCGGGGAGAAACCUCCCUUGCCUCCACCCACACUCCUGCACCACUGAACAUCAGGGGUGAUCAGCAUCUCGGUUCAGGGGUCUACAUAAGGCACCCCCAAACCAAAGAGACACAGCAAGGCCCCAAGUUCCAACUUUGUCCUCAUGUCCCCUCUGGGCUCUGUGCGGUCACUCAGCUGAUCAGCAAACACGAGGACAAUGCUGAUGAGGGUGGGGCUGGCAGAGGGAUCCCGUGGCCCCUCCUGGCCACAGCCUUCACUCACUGUCACCAGGAUGAGGGGACGACGAGAUCGGGCUCCAACAAUGUCUGUUGGCAGGUCACUGCACUCUGGGUAGCUGGGGGGAUCCUUCGGCCGGAAGACACCCCAGAUCUGUCUUCUUGGCAACAGGGUCAGCAAAUAAACCCUGUGUGAGAUCCA